AUGCCACCUUCAUGUAUGCACAUACCGCAAACCAACGCCAAGAAAAGAAAACUCAAUGUAAAUACCGUCCAGAGUUGCUCGUCCAUCGAUACCACCAGCUCGGGCGGCUCGCAACGGUUGUGGAAGAAGCUCUUCCGCAUCGGCUCAAGAUCCACCAACAACAACGACUGCAGAAACAGCAGGGAUGACGACCAACCCAUCGCCGCCAACAAGACGCCCCAGCCAACAGAGCACCACAACCAUAGCCCACUCCCUUCGCCCUCCUCCAAGUACAACCCCAACCUGCCAGCAAUCAACAAUGAUCCGCAUCCCGACGCGCUGCGUGGCGCCCAGGGAAGAGGCCCGAACCUGGGCCACCGGCUAUUGAUCUAUGUACUCACUCCCGUCAUGCGACGACAGGACGAUGGAGGACCUGAAGCAGAAGGAGCGCUAUGCCUCUUGCUCCCCGCUGCUCUUCAACACCCCAAGCUCUUCCCAGCUGCCUUUGCCGGUGGUCAAGCACCAAUUGAGAGCUCCAGCGAGCCCCGCGAACUGACCUUUGACUCCGCCCAACAGCAAGAGCAGCAACAAAAACAACAGACCAAGCUGUUCUCAUGA